AUGUCCAUCCAGCUCGACUGCGGCGCACACGGCGCCGCAUGGCUCGCUGCGCCGGCCGUUGCAUCGGCGGCACCUUCACGGCGGCGGCGGCGCUCAGCCAGCUCGGACAGCUCGUCCUCCUCGUCUUCCUCUUCCUCUGACUCCUCGUCGUCGUCCUCGUCCUCGUCUUCAGAGCCGGACUCUGCCGUCGCAGCUGGGCCAUCCACCGUCUGGCGCUUCGCCUCCUCUUCCGGCACGCCCGCCGCUCGCGUCUGCGCUCCCCUGCGUCUCUUCCCCGCCACGCGUCACUCUCUACAAUGCACACCACCAGCGCCUCGGCCCAGGCCGCCGCCCAGUGGCCUGGCGCGCGAGCUGGCGCCGCUGCUCUUUGCCGACGAGGCGGAGCUGGGCACACUGGGCACGGCCAGCGGCACAGUCGACGAGCUGCCGCGCCUGCUGGCUGUGGCGCCGGCACAUCGUCGGCGCGGACCGGAUCCGACACGCCCGAGCGACAAGAAUGCUCGCAUCAAGGUCGCGAGUAGCUCGCUGCUGCUGCUCUCGACUGCGGGCGCUGACGGACGCGAGAUCUACGUCAACACGCUUGAGUCGCCGAGCCAGAAGCAUGGCGCCGCGCGCUUCGUGCCCUCGUCCGGGCCCGCCCUCACCGCCGCGGCGCCCAUUCUCUCGCUCUCCAUCGCGCCGCCGCUGCCAGAGCCGAGCUACGAGAUGACGCACUCAGGGCCCUGGCUGAGCGUGCUGACGCGGCUCGGCGUGCGUGUCUACUCCAUCGCACGCGCCACGCGCGCCGAGCGGAGAGAGGGCUACCCAAAGUUCUACCUGCGCCCGAUUCACAUCUUUGAGACGCAGUCGGCGCUGACGCAGCAGAAGGGCCUGUACCCCGUCGAACGCCUCGAAGAGCCAAUCGUGCACUGGUGCUGGCAUCCUACGCGCCGAGAUCGGGCACUGGCGGUCGAUGCUACUGGCCGUGUUUGGCGCUGGGAAGCGAGCCUCUUUCAGCGAAGCCGCAUCCAGCAUGGCGCGCUCUACCUCUCCUUCGACCGCCUGCCGUUCAUCUCUUCAUCGCCCAAGAGCGAGUGGUGGCGCGUAGCCUGGCAAGAAGACGGCGCCGGAGCGAUUCUCAUCACGCGCAGCAGCAUCCAGCUGAUCGACUGGGAGACGAUGGACUCUCGCCUUCUCUUCCAGCCGAGCACCAUUCCGCGCUCGCUGCGGACCGAGGAGAUCACCUCUGUGCGGACCGUUCCAAACAGCCACUGGCUGUGGGUAGCGACGACGAGCAGCGUGCGGCUCUUCGACCUGUCGCAUCUCGGCACGCCGCGCAUCUCGUGGCUGCAUCAUCGCGGCGAAGAUCUGAGCCUGUCGCUCUCCCUCGUGCCCGCUGGCUCUGCCGAGGAGGGCGUGCUGCGGGUCGUGCUGGCAUCGCAACGAGGCCGCCUGCUUCAGCUCUACGAGGCGCGCAGCUGCGCCGAUGGCUCGGCAUUGAUCAGCGGAUGUAGCUCCGCCCUGGCUCUGCCCUCUGCUUUGCCGGCUUCCUCGGCCGUCUCAGCUUCUGUGCCGCGCUUCGUCGACUUCACUGCGUAUCCGCGUAGCGAAGAAUGGAGCGCGUUCGUCGACGAGGCGUCGCGCAUCGGCAUGCUCGAGAUGGAGUCGUCGGGCGCCGUCUGGCUCAGCGCACUUGCGUUUGAAGGGCCCGCAGCAGCGGAAGAGCAGGCUGCUCUGCGCGACUUGCCUCUCGAAGUCACAGAUCCUGUGCUGCUUCGGCGCAUCGAGCAAGAGGCUGCGCCAGCCCAUGUGGCGCCGCCGUCGAGCGGCUAUGACCUGAGCGAGGCCUACAAAGUGUUCAUGUCGUCCGCUCUCGAUCGCGUCACGUAUGGCGAUGCGCUGCAGCACGCCUUUGAGCAGUUUGACAUUGCCUCCACGCUGCUGCAGCGUCUGGACUCGCCCUAUGACUCGUUCCUGACUGCUCACGAUCUGCUGGCGCUUGCGCGGCGCACCUCGGAGCACGAGACCCGGCUCGCAGCCUCGCUCAACACCAGCCUGCCGUCUGCGACGCUGCUGCACCUCGCCGGUUCAGCACUCACGUCGAGGCUUGAGGGCGUCAUGCGCUCACUCUCGCUCGACGCCUACGCCAGCCCGCAGAUGUCGCUGCACGUCGCCUCGUCGUUCUGCACCGAGCUCUUCGACGUGCUCACGGACAACGUGGAGCCUCGCCGACCGCGCCGCUUAGGCGCCGACUAUGGCGCCUUGACGAUGCCGUGGAUUCAAGCAGCGGACCUGCUCGCCGAGCGCUGGAAGCCGCUGGUCGGCUCGCGAGCUCACGACGCGAACCUGGUCGCGGCGCGAGAAGUGACGCUGGACAUCUGGCUGGCCGGCCAGGUCGGUGCCAUGCGGCCGGUGCUGGUGCAGAAGCCGCCGCCGCCUCUUCCUGUGCCCGAGCCUGCGCCGCAAGAGGCCGACGAGGACAGAGAAGCGUCGCCGCCUACCGAUGGGCCUGUGAUCAUCGACGAGGACACGGAGGAGCCGCAGGGCAUCAAGUUGCCCACUCCUCCUCCGCCAGUGAUGUUCUCCUUCUUGACGCCGCGCGCCUCUGCGUCUCGGCGCUCCGGCGGCGGACGCACAACGACGGCCGCGGCACGCCUGCUGCUGGCGGAGUGGGACGUCGGCACGGCGCCGUCGGCCUACGUGCCCGUCAAUCCUUACUUGCUGAUCGACGAUGGCGCCUCGUCGAGCGGCUGGGACUCGGCCUCGAGCGCCGGCACGGCCUCGACUCGCGGUCGCAGCACGCAGAGCCAGAGCCAAAGCCGAGGCACUCGCACGCCCACCUACACCCGCACGCCGAGCAUCGGCCCCUACACGCCCAGCCGCAGCGACUUUGCCGGCGCGCCCCCGAGCAUCGCCACGGCCGGCACGCCCUCGCAGCGCGUGCCGUGGUCGCAGCCGCAUCUGCAGAUGCACCAGUCGCAGCUCUCGCAGCUGCACCAGGCGCACUCGGCCUCGCGCGAGACGUCGCAGAUGGACUCGUCGAUCCGUGCCAGCAGCGGCAGCACACAGCCGCAGCCGCCGCAGCCGCAGACGCAGACGCAGGGCACGGGCAACGCUGCCCAGUCGCAGCUCGUCGCCGGCGCACAUGCGCAGCGCCGCCCAAAGAAGAAGCCUCGUCGAGUCGGCGGCUUCUGA